AUGGACCACCAGGGCAAGGUGGUCUGGUGCCGGAAUAACGAGGUGCAGACCCUCAACCUGGGCACCCUGCCGGCGGAGAGCUUCAGCCGCCCGGGCCAGGCCAUGGUGGAUGGGUUCGCCUGCGAGCCGACCCGCGUGGUGGCCCCCACCAAGGAGCUCGGCGAGUCCGGGCUCUUCCCGCAGUCGCUGUCGCACAGCCCCAAUGGCCGGUUCGUGGCCGUGGUCGGCGAUGAUGAGUAUAUCCUCUACUCGGCGCUGGCCUGGCGCCAGAUGCACUUCGGCCAGGCGCUGGACUUUGUCUGGUCGCACCAGCCGAACUACCAUGCGGUCCGCCACAGCGGCCACCGGGUGCAGAUCUUCCACCAGAUGAAGGAGACCCGCACGAUCCAGACCAACUUCCCGGCGGACGCCAUCUUCGGCGGGGCCUGCCUGGCCGUUUGCUCGUCCUCCUUCGUGUGCUUCUUCGACUGGGAGUUCGGCCUGCUGACCCGGCGCAUCGAUGUCUCGGCGCACACCAUCAUCUGGAACCAGGCCGGCGACCAUGUGGCCAUCUGCUCGGAUGACAGCAUCUUCCUGCUGAGCUACGAUGCCGGCAUGGCUCGGUCGGCGCUGGCCGCCGCGUCGGCCACCGGCGAGCUGCUGGACGAGCAGGGCGGCGUCGAGGGGGUCUUCAAUGUGACGGCCGAGCUGUCGGACUCCCUGCUGACCGGCUGCUGGGUGGAGAAUUGCUUUGUGUACACCACCCGCCGGGGGUCCGGCGGGUCGUCGACCCUGGCCUAUGCCACGGCCAAUGGGUCCUUCCGCCAUGUGCUGGCCACUCUGGAGCAGCCGCGCUACCUGCUGGGCUACCUGCCGAAGGUGGCUGGCGGCCGCCUGGUCCUGGCGGAUCGGGACUGCGCGCUGGAGACCCGGCCCCUGCCGCUGUCGCUGCUGGCCUACCAGUCGGCCGUGGCCCGCGAUGAUCGGGUCCUGGCCGAGCGUCUGUUGCCCUUCGUGCCGAAGUCCCUGCACAAUGAGCUGGCACGCUUUGCCUCCACCCGCGGGGACAUCGACGCCGCGCUGGCCCUGGCCACCGACCGCGAUCUGAAGUUCGACCUGGCCAUGAAGGCCGGCCGCCUGGAGCUGGCCAUGGAGCAGGCCGAGGCCCUCGACCGGACGGACAUCUGGGCCAAGAUCGCCGAGCGCGCGCUGGCCGACUGGUCGCAA